AUGGGCUUCUUCUCUAACGUGUCCAACUUUUUCUAUGAGGCUAGAAUCAGGUCUUGGGAUGUCGUCCUGACGCUUCUCAACCUUGUGGAGAAAAAGCGUCGCAUCGGUGGUGUCACUCCCGAGGGCCACCCAGGCUACGGAAGGCACUGGCCUGAGUUUAAGCCUCCUGGGGAGACCGACUCUCGCUGCUCAUGCCCAGGACUCAAUGCACUAGCGAACCACGGGAUCAUCUCACGCAGUGGCCGUGACAUAUCGUUUGUCGAGCUUGAUCGCCAUGUCCAGGCAACCUACAAUAUCAGUUCUACCUUAUCCUCAUUUGUUGCCCAUUAUGCUGCUCGCAUGCUUAAGAAAAGCUUCAACCGUGAUACCCUUGAUUUAGAAGAACUCGACUUACACAAUGGUAUUGAACAUGACGCAUCUCUCUUACGCCUUGACGCUGCUUUUGAACCAAACCAAUCGACGAAGCACGUACCUUACAUCGAGGAGCUACUUGCAGCAGCUUCCAACAAGGACAAGGACGGCAAUGAUGUCGUUACCGUCAAGGAUCUCUCCAAGCUGCUCGGCAAGCGUCGUGCAGUGUCGCGUGCAGUAAACAAGGAGUUCACGCUUAAACUUUUCCACAAGUUAUUUGGUUGCGCAAAGUAUUUGAUUUCAUCAUCUGUUUCUGAGCACAAUCCUAACCAUCUUGUCAGUGCCUCACUGUUGCUCUCAACCAUGGGAGGUCGUGUAGAUGACUUACAGAGCUUUCUUCUCCAUGAGCAGCUUCCAGAGGGCUGGGAGUCGCGCGUCCGUGAUUCUCACGGACUGACCCUGAUAAACUUCAACAAGCUUGCACUGAAAAUUGAGUUGGGUGUGCACGAGAAGGAUUGGGCGCAAGUAGCACAGGAGGCUGCAGAACAUGAUAGGGCUACUCCUGUUUAAAUGACUCCCGAAACGGCUACUCGGAUCUGACACUCGCCUGAAUGUCACGGUGUGCUCUUUAUGACUGCUACGUACUACUGACGACGAUCGAUUAUGAUUUUUCAUUGCUUAUUGGAUACAUAUUGUAAUGCUCUUACUUACUCGUUUCGUCUUUGACACAAAUUAACGCGUUACAAUGAAAUCGAUGUAAGGCCAGUGCUGCUGCAUGCUUCCACAUUCUCAAGGGUAUUACAAAACUUCAGUGUACGUCCGAGCUGUAUACCACUAAAUUGUGAAAAAACCGAACUCGCUUUGUAGCUGUGGGCAUCCGCGCUAGCUUGAAGCCUUGGACAUGGAGGCCCGUCUAUAAGGCAAGCUGUUGACGGUACCUUGCUGUAGUAAGACAUGCAUUUGUGUAAUCUCGCAGGUUAAAAGCGGGGAAAAUCAGAAUGAAGUUCCGUCGAACACCGUGGCCACUAAUUUUAAGUCGUCGAUGAAUUGAUGGAGAUUGCU